AGCGCUUCGCGUUCAGUUAUGAUAAAACAUCAGAAGUAACAGGGACUCCACUCUUGAAGCCUGUCCUUGGAGAAAUAUGGCUAACAAUGCAUCUCUUGAGCAGGACCCAAAUCACUGCUCGGCCAUCAACAACAGCAUCCCCUUGAUACAGGGCAAGCUCCCGACUCUAACCGUAUCUGGAAAGAUCCGAGUGACCGUGACUUUCUUCCUUUUCCUACUCUCUACUGCCUUCAAUGCUUCCUUCUUGUUGAAGCUGCAGAAGUGGACUCAGAAGAGGAAGAAAGGAAAAAAGCUCUCAAGGAUGAAGGUGCUUUUAAAGCAUUUGACCUUAGCCAACCUGCUGGAGACUCUGAUCGUCAUGCCACUGGAUGGGAUGUGGAAUAUUACUGUUCAGUGGUAUGCUGGGGAGUUCCUCUGCAAAGUUCUCAGCUAUCUGAAGCUCUUCUCUAUGUAUGCCCCAGCUUUCAUGAUGGUGGUGAUUAGCCUGGACCGCUCCCUGGCCAUCACUCAGCCCCUUGCUGUACAAAGCAACAGCAAGCUUGAACAGUCUAUGAUCAGCCUGGCCUGGAUUCUCAGCAUUGUCUUUGCAGGACCACAGUUAUAUAUCUUCAGGAUGAUCUACCUAGCAGACGGCUCUGGGCCCACAGUCUUCUCGCAAUGUGUGACCCACUGCAGCUUUCCACAGUGGUGGCAUCAGGCCUUCUACAACUUUUUCACCUUCGGCUGCCUCUUCAUCAUCCCCCUCCUCAUCAUGCUAAUCUGCAAUGCCAAAAUCAUCUUUGCUCUCACGCGAGUCCUUCAUCAAGACCCACGCAAACUACAGCUGAAUCAGUCCAAGAAUAAUAUCCCAAGAGCUCGGCUGAGAACGCUAAAGAUGACAGUCGCAUUCGCUACCUCCUUUGUCGUCUGCUGGACUCCCUACUAUGUCCUAGGCAUUUGGUACUGGUUUGAUCCAGAAAUGUUGAACAGGGUGUCAGAGCCAGUGAAUCACUUUUUCUUUCUCUUUGCUUUCCUAAACCCGUGCUUCGACCCACUCAUAUAUGGGUAUUUCUCUUUGUAGUUGGGAGACUACACAAGAACUCAGAUAGAAAUAAGGUAACUAAUUGCACCAAUUGAGAAUAAACUCAAAGCUUUUGACACACUUAUAUACAAGGCAGGGUUUAAGGUUAGAUUAUCAACCUUGUUUUUGUACAGAGUUUGUUGUUAGAGCUUCAGAAGACCUUCAAAAACAAAAACAAAAAACAAAAAAACCCGAAAUGUGUCCUUACUCAUAAGCUUCUAAACUAACCUCAGCCUUGUCGGAUAUUUUGCUGUAUAUGAUUUAGGAUUCUUUACUUCCUCCUUAGAUCAUAAUAUAUAAAUACUUAAAAUGACUACGUCCUAAGGUAAACAGUACCAAAAACAAAGGCUGGGAAAACACAACAUAUUCAUAACAUCAGCACAGUUUGGGGAAUUUUUUUUUUUUCUCAAAGGGGGCUCAGCAUCAAUAACAGUCUGGCUCUAUCCUAACACCUACAGGUCAUCAGCAAAAACAGAUGCUAUCCCAAGACCUAAAGCCCAGAGACAGAAGUAUCACUGUCCAUAGGUUAGCAGGAAAAACAGGUUGAUGUUGUCCCAACACCUAAGGCACAGAGACGGUAGAAUCAGUCACUGUCCACAGGUCAGGAGCGAUGACAGGCUGAUGCUAUCACAGCCUAGAGCGCAUACAGAGCAGAAUUACUGUCCAGAAGUCAAUUCUUAACCGCAAUGAUUAAAGCACUUAGUUUUCUCUUUUACUUUAAAAGCUUUUUUGAUUCUGAUUCAGCAACAAAUCCCACCAGCCUGGCAAGAUUAUUUACAUGAUAAUACAAAUCAGUCCCAUUUACAUGCUACAGAUUGUGACACAUCCCUACAUAGUGGAGGAAUUUAAAGGGAUAGAUAUUUUCCCCCAUAGACUGUUAGACUAUUCCUUAGAAUAUUUCAUACUGUACAGUAUAUAGGGUUUAUGUUAGCUGACAGUCAUGAGUAGUGUUUUAAUAUAAUUAAGAAAAUGCAGAUAGGAGUUAUCUUGUAAGAAUAAUAUACAAUCCACUUUAACAACAUGGUGGAACUUUUGUCUAUCACCUUAACCUACGGAAUCAUUUUCCACAAAUAAAUAAGGAAAGUUAAUUUAAAAAAAAACAUCAAGCAAAUAUACAAACAGAAAGAGGAGGUUUGAUGUAUUAAGGGAACUCAAGGCAGGAGAGCAUAGAAUUUCCCCUACACAGACCAAAUACAAUAGCAGAGAAUAUUAGAGAGGAGCGAAGUAAAACUCUACGUGUGAAAAAAACAACUACCGCUGAAAAAGAACGCAGUCCUGAAAAGUAUGUCUGCAGAGUAUCACGUGCUUUGUUCAACUCGUGAAAAACGGGAGGAGGUGAAAAUUAGACUACAACACCCACUCACUCGGGAAAGUAUGUGAACUCACAUUCAAUAAUUACUAAUAGACAUUGAUGUGAACUAC